CCGACCGCCAUUAGCGAUAUAUUCCCUGAAAAGCCAGCUCGCGACACAGCGAGUAGCGGACGAAGAAAAAGUUUCAAGUCAUGAAAGAAUAACGAAGCAAUUGCAAAAUAAUGGAUGAAACGGCCAUUCCAAAGAUCCCGGCUAAGCUGAUCACCAGGAGCAAAGCUAAAUCCUCCACUGGGUACAGACAGAUUGUCAAUUUCCUGGACAAUCUAAGUCGGGAUGAGACUGGUGCUCCUGUAAAAUGGAAGUUCAACCAGACUGGGGUGAAAUUAGCUAGAGGCAUUGGCAAGAAAAUAGCUGAUGCAGGUAAGCAAGGAACGACCUUGAAAUAUGAUGCAAGGACAUCACUUGUGAAGGCUGUUUUGCGAAAGAAAUAUUCUUCAAGUAAAGUUCCAUCUUCCUGUACUUUUUCAAAUACAAGAGGGAAAAACACAGCAGACAGUGAUGAAUCUACUAACACAGUCAUUAAUGGGGACACAGCGUCAGUGACUAACGAGAGCAGAUUACCACAAAAAGUUGGGAUUCAUCAACAGGAAAACAAAAGUGUAACAAAAAAGACAGGAAAAGGAAAAGAUGAAUUGUCAAGUGAUUUGGCUGAGUCCGCAUGUGCACCUGUAGCUGUGCCACGCAAACGGGGAAGGCCACCAAAGAAAAAGACCGAACCAAUAAUAGAUUCAUUGCUCGAUGGUUCUGUUAAAAAUAAGAAAACAGCAGAAAGUGUGGAUAAAGUGCAGUCUUGGACAAAUCUCAACCAAAAACUGUAUAAAAAAUCCCUACUUGGAAACUUUAUUAAGAAAAAUGUAGACAGCACAUCGUUGGAUGAUUCCGCAGAUUCUGAUAGUAGAGUAGACUCUGAAGUGGAAACCGAAAGUGUGGGCUCUAGUGUUAGCUCUGUGUCUGUAAAAAAGAAAAUGAAACAAAUGAAUAGGGCAGGUAUUAUGUUGGGACCUGCUAAGUUGUUGAGAAGUCAAGACAGUCUUAUGACAAGGAAGAGCAAAGGAAUGAAAGCAAGUCUAGUUCAGGCACAUCGAAAACCAAGAAAAAGAACUUUGAGUGGAGGAUUUGAGUUGUUGGAUGAAAACUUACUUAGGAAGAAACUUCGACAAGACGAGGACCAUCAAUCCGAUAUAGAUAGUGACUAUUCAGAAGGCAUUCAAAAGAACUUGACAAAAUUGGAUGACUCAGAAGAAGAAUGUACCAGUGUAACAGGUAUCACAAAAGUUACAUCAGACACGUCUAAGAAACCGGGUGGUAAGAAAUCAAUUCUGACCGACGACAAAAACACUUUACCGUCAAUGACAAAUAUUGUACCUGUAUCAUCAACAAAUGAUCCGAAUACAGCAUUGCAAAAUAUUAACAUUGUUCCAGCACAACCAAAGAAACGUGGUAGACCACCAAGAGUAAAGCCCAUAGUUUCCUCCUCUGAGCCAAUCAAAAUUGGAAAAAAAACAAAAUUGUUAGGUCCGAAAUGUGCUCAAGAGCGAGCACGAAAUAUGCUACGGAAGAGAAACGAUGUGGCUAUUCCAAGAACAGGACUUCAAAUCAUUGGACCAGGAGGAUUAGUUUUCAUGCGGAAAAGUGUUGAUCUGCCACAGAAAUUAAUUUCCAAUGAUUCUCUACAUGGGCAUGAGAGCAAUUUGAAAGCAGAUAUUCUGUUUAAGGAUGAAGUAAGUUCUACUAAUGAGAAAUACACUUGUGACAAAGACAUUCAAUCUACUUUCAAACAAGAAGUUCCAUUGGACAUUGAAAAUAAGUCUUCUGUUGAAAGUGUUGUUAAAUCAAUGCAUUUAUCGAUUGAUACGAAGGAAAAUGUAGUUCCUCCAGAGGAGGACAUUUCAAAAACAGAAACAACAGUCACAAAGUCUGAUAUCACCUCAAAAACCGAGGAAUCUUUGAAUUCUGUUGAAUAUGUAGCUUCUGUGAAAUGCGUCGAAGAUAGUGGUUUGUCGGAUGCAGAUUCAUUUAUUAAAGACUGUGUUUCAGAUAAGGAUAAUUUACUGAUCAAGGAAAAAAAGGUGAAAGAUGCAUCAUUGACUGAAAGUAUUAUCUCAAACUGUGAAUUAAACAAAGCUACUCAAGAUUCAGAAACCAAUGCUACCGCUACGGAAACCGAUAUCUCAACACAAGAAGACACUGUGUUAGUUUCUGUGACUGUUAUUCAAUCACCAACAUGUGAGAGUUCUCCUGUUUCUGAAAAAAAUGAACAAGAACAGCAAAUUACGUCUUCAGAUGCGAAGGACAUCGUUCAUAACACGUGCAAGCAAUCUGCAAUUGAUGACCAACAUUUGGCUCCGUGUGCCAAUAGAAUCGAUCAAAUGAAAAAACAUGCGGAUAUGGAUGAUCCUUCAAAUCGGACAACAUUAGCAAGCAACCUAAAGGAAAUUGAAACUGAAAGUGCUAGUAUUGAAUUGAAUCAAACAAAGACAGUCGUGGGGGAGAGCUGUGAAUCUCUAAAAAUAACAGUGAGAGACCAAGAGAUAGUUGAUGAUACUAAAACUGAAUCAGAAGUCUUUCCUAUGGAAACCUCUGCAACUGAAGAGCACGAAACCAACUGUAAAGAAGUAGACCGAAACGAAAACUUGGAUAUUUCAUUAGAGAGUAAAGAGGUUGACAUGUACAAUUCUGUACCACAGUAUACCGAAGAUUCCUGCAAGAAGAAGGAUGAUUCUGAUGGAAAAACUGGAAAAUUGAGUCCUUUGUCAGAUGAUGAUCGCACAGAUGCGAAAGUUGACAGUGAAAAGAAACUUGGCGUUAAACGAGAAUUCCAGUUAAGACAAAAGGCAUCAAGGUCACCGCUUGAAAUAAUUGCUAUGCGUCAGAGUCAGGAGGAAAGACAGUACAUAUUGGAGCAAACUCAGAAGGCAAUGAAACGUGAAGAAAAGCAGAAGAAGAUGAGAGAAAAGAUAAAGAAAAUAGAAAACGAAAACAUGGAGAAAUGCAAAGAGGAGCGAAAAAAAGAAGAGAAAGCUAAAGUAGUAGAACAUAUUACAGAAGAAAACCUUGAAAAAGAAGAAGAUAAUGAUGAGGUGAAAGUCCCGGAAGAAAAACCUGAAGAUAUAAAAAAUGCAGUACAAAUUGAUGAAGAGCGUGAACAGAAAAGUAUUGUUUCUGAACAUGCGGAGUGUAAGGCAUGUUCGGUUGUACUAAUAGACUUUGUUAAAUAUCUGAAAAUGACCAACAGCUCAUACAGUGUAGAGUCUGGUUCUGUGAUGGAGGAAUGGGAAACUAUUGCAGACACAGAAACAACUCUUUCAGAAGAAAGUACAGAAAGUAGCAUCCAUGAAGAAACACAUGAAGCAGAAACUGAAGUAGUGCCAAAACUAUCCGACGAGGAACCAAAACAGUUUGAAGAUGUGUUACUAAAGAGCGACGAUGACGGUAAAAGUAGCAACAAAGUAGAUGAAAACAAACCGGCCAAGAAAAAGAGAAAGCCAUCUGCAAGAAAACAGGCACGAUGCGUCACAUAUAGUGCACAAUUGACAGCAGAAAUCGUGUCCAAUCCUUUUUUCAAUGGAGACGAGACACAAACAGUUCCACCACUUCGCCUGAAAAUCAAACAAAACAUAAUAGCAAAGCCAAAACCACGGUCAAAGAAGGGUAUGAAGUUUACCGUCAAAAAGCGACGUACAGCAAGGAAAGGAAUGCCGUCUGAAAAAGGAUUACCUAAUACGGGUUUAUUUCUUGAGGGAACCGAUUCUGCUGGUACAGCUGCUAAGAAAACUGAUAAUGGGAAAAGCAGUUUUGAAAAAAGCUAUGUGGAGUUUUAUCAUAAUCAAGGCUAUGAACACAAAGUUAAAGCAAGCAGAAAGCAAAAGAAUUCUAAAACCAACAAUCAUACGUUUUCUUUCGAAACAAUUACCGACGAGGAAAAUGCACUUUCAAAACAAACGCAACCUGUCAACAAUAGUCAAGAUAAUACGAUAGUCUUUCAGUGCACACACAAUUCAUGUGGAUUUGUAUCAGAAACCAAACGUGUCAUGGAGUCACAUAUUUAUGUACAUAUGAAGAACAUUCCGUUCCGGUGUGUGCAUUGUAAUGAAGUAUUCCAGUCACGAGGACUCACAUUUCUUCACAUGCGCAGUGUACAUCCAGAUCUUGACGCGAGAAUGGAAGCUGCAGAAAAAGUAGAUGAAGGCUUGUUCUACAAAGAAAUGGAACAAACUCCACCAAAUUCUCUGCAAUCACCAUCUAGAGAAACAACAGUCAUUGAUUCAUUACCAGAUACUGUAGCGCCGUUGAAGACUUCUUCAGGUACAACAGGUUGCUAUUGCUGCAGUCACUGUGAUUUUUCUGCACCAAGUCAACAGGACAUUUUGAACCAUAUUCACUCAUUCCAUAGUAACGAUAUCCAGUAUACUUGUACUUUGUGCAAUAUGUCAAUACCAGGCUCCAAAGAAGGAAUACCAAAUCAUUUUGCAAAAGCUCAUCCGAAUCAACCUGUUACUUACAAGUGCCUGCCUGAAUUCUAUGAUGUUACAAAAAACCAGCAGAACGCAGGCAAUGCUGACAAAGGAAAUAUCUUUGACAGGAUGAAUGACUUGUUCACUACCGAUCAACACGAAUCCCAUGGUAGACCACAUGUCCAGAAAACUAGUGCCGAGGCUGAUAGUACGACAGCGGAAAUGGAUGAUUCUUCAAGAAAGGAAGAACUUGAUGGCAUUGAAGAAUUGGGUAAAUCCUACCAGUCCGGUAUAAAACGGACCGCAAAUCAAAAUACCGGUAUCCAAGGAAUCCCAAUAGUCUACGCAGCCAUGCAGACCAUUCCAGGGCCAAAAAGCGUGCCACUUGUGGCGACAGGACUGGGCAUCCAACAACCUCUCAUUUUCCAACAGGAACCUGCUGUUGUUGACAAUAAUGACAUGGGAUUAAAGAUAGUAGAUGUUGUGAGUUUGUCUGACCUGGCAAACACAUGGAAUCAGCAGUCGGAGCAAACACAAGAAAAAUCUCAAAACGUUCAAGCUGUUGAACACGAAGCUGUUCUAAACAGUAACCCACUUAAGGAAUGCGGACAACUGCAUAUGCCCCAAAAUCCACCACAAACAGAUCCACAACAUAUUCUGCUUCAGAUGCAAUAUGAACAGCGUCAAAAACAGCAACGCAUCUUGCAAAAACAACAACAGCAAGAGGCCAAGAAAAGUGACAAGCAAGAUAGUUUUGGGACAACUUACAAGUGUGAAAAGUGCAACGUUCAUGCCCCCAUUCUGUCUGCUAUGGUCGAGCAUUUACGCGUGACACACAAAGAUAUACAGAGGUUAUUUCUAUGUCCAUACUGUAGACAAUAUGAAGGUUCCAACGAACCCGAGAUCCAUCGCCAUAUCAAACAGUACCACCAAACACCUGAUCAGAAAAGUCCUCCGGUAGCUCUGUCAAGCGCUGCCAAGAAGCAUCUUAGGACUAUCCAAGUAGCUGUUGAUGCAGAUUCAAAGAAGGUCGGGGAUAGGUUUGUUGUGGAAAAAGACAUCUACAAAUGUUUGAAAUGUCAGAAACAUAUGCCAUCACUGAACUUUAUUUACGACCAUCUUGACAAAGCUCAUCAUGAGGUAUUUGUGUAUGUGUGUCCUUAUUGUAAAAUUUUUAAAGCAAAGACAGAAGCUCAGGUGUUCCAUCACAUUAAGAGCGAACACAAAAAAUGCACUGAAGAUAUAAUGCUUUCGCUUGCCAUAGAGGAAAAUUUAUUCACACGAGUGCAAUCAUUGGUGAAAGAGAAACCGAGUCGACCUACUCAUGCGCAAAAGUCUCAACAGGGAGCCAAGGCUCCUUCAAAGGGGAUUAAUGAAACGGAGGAUGAAGUGAUUGUUGUCGGCGAGUCCCACAAACUUGUCCACGAAAUGACUUCUCCACCAAAACCGAUGCAACCUAACAUCCCAAAAGCACCAAUAGCACGCAUGAGGAUGCCUUCGCAGUUUGUAAAUCCGCCACCAGCACAUUUCCAACAGAGUAAAUCAUCACUUCGCAAAUCAACACCACAUCAUAUUCCACCACAGUCACAACACUCAGAAAAGGAAAUAUUUGAACAUCAAAAUUAUCAACAGUUUAAUAUUCCACGUAAUCGGCAUGGGUCAGCACUUCCAAAAAUGGCUCAAACUUCCACUGUACCUCCUCCUUUGAUGAGAGCUCCGCCACCUUUGCUCCGUUUCCCCUCUGAUGGAAAUGCAUCACGCAUGCAAAAUCAAGGGAAUGUAAUGAAAGCAUACGCUAGUCAAACAUCAGGAAAUACUGUUGGAAGUCCAUCCUAUUCGCAUGUCAAUCAAAGAGUUAUUUCUCAUCAACAGAGUCAACAUCUGUCAACCGCCAAUGUUGUUCCUUCACUUGAAAGAAAAGUCGUAGCAAGCUCAGCUAGUCAGAUGUCGACUGCACGACCUGUUCUUCGUGUCCCAUCAGUACCAUUACAUAUUCAACAGCAACGCCCAGCUGGCAACUUGAGAGUGUCACCUUACCAAGACUUUAACCACAGUCCUGGCCCUAUGGCUCCGGUCAACAGGAAAGGAGAUGGAUAUGCUCCUUUAGACUUAAGCAAAUCUCCUGCCCCUCCUAGUCAACCGAAGAACAAUAUUGAUGAGGGAGAUGAUCUUCCACCGGAUGCAUUCCAAAUUUUCAAUCUUCGUCCUGCUGCUCAACAAAUUCGUCCUCAGGUUGUUCAACAGCAGAUGACACCUAUGGUGAUGCGGAACAUGUCGCCGCUCGCAUUUCAGGCGAGAUUCCGCCAACAGAUGCAGCUGCAACAACAGAUGAACAGAAUACCCAUGGCAAGAGCUCCAAGACAACAUCGGGCUUUGAUGAAUAGGCCUCCUCCGUAUACUCGGACCCCGAGACAUUCAAGGGGUGUGCCGAGGCCUUACACUCCACGCAGUGCUAUAAACCAGGCUGUGCCAAACGUUUUACCCACUAAGGAAGUGGCCGCACCAAUUCAACCUACUUUAAGUAAGGAUGGACGAAACAUGGUAGGCUUAGGGCUAAUGCGGGUAUUUAAAUGCCCGUAUUGUCCAGAUGUUGUACCUCUCGGUAUGGGAGAGGUUGCUCCACAUAUCGAAAAAGUGCAUCCCGGACAUUCCAUAGUCUUUAUGAAAAUUGACAAAUAACUGUUUUUCACCAAUAACUGUUUUUUACCAAUAGUACGGUGAAAUCGAUGAUAAUAGUGGCUGUAUACCGUGAACCGAAUUCACGCAGAAGAUUGUAAAGUGUGUGCCGUGGUUUUGACAUUGCAAUAGUUUUUAACCGAAUGCAAAUAACUCAAGAGAAUUUUUUUGAUCUCUCAUUCCUAAUAGGCUUCAUUUUAUACAGAUCUGUUUGUUUUUCGUUAUUAUGCAUAUGGUAUAUUUGAGUGUGAUAGAUUCAUACUGCGUCUUUUGUUUUGUUCACUUUAUUAUGUCAUGUUUUAGCAAAGUGUAGUUUGUGAAUCUUGUAUAUAUUUUUUUCUUUUCAAUAACUACAUCAUGAAAAAUUGUAUAGCAAAAAAAUACAUAAAAUGUAUGCAUUAAAGACUUAGAGCUGCCAGGAAUGUAGUAAGUGUGCAAAGUGGAAUAGCAAACUUGUGUGCAUGUUAAUUCUAAAUAGAAUUUAGAAUGAAUAAUCAUUAAGAAAUAUAUGUGUAAUCCAUGCGAAUGUAUGUAUAAUUCAAUGUAUCAAUGUUAUUGAUGGUUAUCAUAUGUUCUCACAGGACAAAGUACAUUUAUGUAGAAAGAGUUUUUUAAGUGUUUGCUGUGUUAACCUGGAUUCAUUGUAAUGCUACAAACUCGAAAUAACAGUUUCGAUGUGGUCAAAAUAGUCACAAAGAUGGUUUGUUUGGGAGAAGUUUUGAUAUGAAUAGAAAUACAUAUGUAUUAUAGACAUAGAUAUAAUUGAUUUUUCGUUAUUUUAUGAUAAAUCCUGGAAUACCAUCGGUCGAGUUUUAUAUUCUAUCAUGAAAAAUUACAAUACAAUAUAUUGGAUAACAUUUGUAACUGUGACAACACAUAAGCGUUACAUAGCAAUCGCUAUGAUGAUUCUUCUAUUAUCGGUUGUGCAGUUGUUGGUGGGGUUUUUUUGUGCAUAUUAAUUAUUUUAGCAGGAUAUGCAUGCUAUGCAAAUGUAAAUGAGUAUUUUCGUUCAUUAUUAUUAAAAGUAGACAAAAAAAUAUGCAUUGAAAUCUACAUACGUUUUUUAGCGAUAAUUAGGCUACCAAAAAUGAUUACAAUCUUUCAUGAAUCAACAACAAAUAUAAUCGCAGGUGAUUUUUCCAAUGAUUCCAAUCAAUCCUUAAAUAGAAAACAUGGCCUGCCAACUUCAAUGUAUUUGGUAUGUCCUAAUUUUACUUGUACAUAAUCAGGACAAAAUGAAAGUUGACUACAUGUCUGUUCUGAAGGUAUUUGUGUAGACUUCAUUUAAAAAUGGCAUUUUAUUCAACUUAUAAUAAACGUGAAAGAAAUAAUCAGUAUUUCAUCCACAGAAAUCCGCAUCUAAUGCAUGCAUAUAUUUUAGAUUUUAGCCUUCGCAUUGCCGAAAUUCAACUGAUGCAAAAUUGUUUUAAGAAACGCAUUGUCAUGUACUUUUUCAAUGUUGUGUUCUUCUUGUUUUGUUUUUGUUGAUUUGCGUGUUUGUAUGAUUUGAAAAGGGAACAUUUAUCAAAUGUAAACUAGCACAUGUUUUAUAUUUAUAGAAGACUUGCCAAAUAUCUGAUAACGAAGGUUCUACUAUACUGUCGUAAAAUCACCAACAAUGUUUAAUAUAUCACCGUGUGAUAAGGCAAUUUUAGUUCGGACAUUGGUAAUGUAUAUUGUCAUUAGUGUUGGUUUAUUUUUCUUUAAUGAACACGUUUUUUUUUUAUAAAAUUUGUUAAAGUAGCAAACGUAAAGAACGUCGUCGUUACAUAUCAUUAAGUUAAAGUUUUGUUUCAUUUUGACAGAUUUUUCAAAAUAUUUUUUUACCAGUAGUCGGCAAUCUGGAAAGAUAGUCGAUUCCAAUAAUAUUGGCCACAUGUGGAGAAAAAAUAUUCAAAAAAAUGAGUUUGAAUGGUUGUGUCCAGCUUUUUCUUGUGACUAGGUGCAGAAUUUUAAUGUGUUUGAAUUUAAAACAAGUUAAAUUCCUUUCAAAGAGAGCAGUCAGUGCUAUACGAAUUGUGAGAAGAAGAUUUUCAGCGUGACUAUAGUUUUUAAAUAAUAUUUAAAGUUGCAGUGCAGCGACUAAAAUGAAAGCUGUUUUCAUCGGUACGAAAGAGAUGAAUAUUACAACAAUGUAUAUUGGAUGCAUGUUUUGAUAAAAAGUGAGAGAUUGUGAUACUCUUGUACAGACACUUUAAAUGUCACGAAUGAACAUGUCAAUAAAAAUGUUUA